AUGAGUAGUGCGUUCUGGAGGAUUCUCAUGCAAGGACCUCCUGACACACCAUAUGAGAAAGGAGUGUUUGAGCUGUACUGCCAGUUUGGUCCUGAAUACCCAGUGAAGCCUCCGCUCGUUCGCUUUGUCACACGUGUGUACCACUGCAAUGUCAACAGUGUUGGCCGCAUCUGCCACAACAUAUUUGAUCGCAGCUACAACGCCCACGUCACCAUGAGGGACAUAUUUGAUGCUGUGUAUGGACUCCUCAUCAUCCCUGAGCCUGAUGACCCACUGGACAGCAUUUUAGCCGAGGAAUUCCUGACGAGCCGUGAGACGUACGAACGAGAAGCCAGAAAGCACACGGGAGAACAUGCUGGAAAGUCAAUGGAUAGCAUGGAGGAGAAACUGGUUGAUCCUGUGCCAGAGUUUAUACCACAACAUCUGAUUUGUCCUCUAACCAAGAAGAUGUUUGUUGAUCCUGUGAAAACAGUAUAUGGCACCGUGUAUGAACGGAAAGCCAUUGAGGAA